AUGACGACCCCUCCUUCAUCAAACACUGGCACCAACUUUGCCGACGCUACCAAGGUUGAACAAUUAACAUCACAUACAUACUCGGCGAACUUUCCAGAUGACUGGUGCAUUGGAUCAGUUCCCCAUGGAGGAUUCGUCACAGCCGUGUUCCUCCAAGUCUCUUCCCUCCAUUUCCGCACCACUCUUUCUGCACAGAAUCAACCAAACCCCAUAGCUCUCCACGUCGAGUUUUUGCGGCGCACCCAAGUCGGUCCUGCUCUCUUCGCUGUCCAAGAUACCAAACUUGGGCGGCAAACCUCUGUUCUUCACGUAACUCUGUCCCAAGGCGACCGUGUUGAAGUAGUCGGUUAUCUCACUCACUCUAACACCACCACGGAAACUGGCGUUUCCUCCCCCCACACUCAUAUCCUUCAUCCCGCCCCCCUUCCCGUCUCUAUUCCCCUACUUUCAAUCAACACCGACCCCAAUUACCACCUCCAGAUAAUGCCCUUCCCCAGCUUCCGCAAAGCCACCACAAAAGCCCAUCUCCACUUUCCCCACACCCAACCCUCCCCCACCAUAUCCGACGAAUGGAUUCGACUUAGCACCGGCGAAUUCUGGACCAAUGCCAGCCUCGGCUUCGCGUGUGACUUAUUUGGGCUCCCCUCCAACUUCCUCUCCGCCUCCGCCUCCACCCCCACCGGGAGAAUCUCCAUUCCCGGCGCGAAAUACUGGUUCCCCACGCUCCUCCUAAACAUUGAUUUUAAGAAAUCCCUUCCACCCCAAGGCAUAGAAUGGCUAUUCAUACGCGUCGAUCGAAAACAGACCAAGAACGGACGUAUGGAUAUCGAGUUAACGGCUUGGGACGAGGGAGGAGAAUUGGUCGCUAUUAGUAACCAUGUUGCGUUGGUUGUGGGGGCCGAGAGGAAUACGUCGGUGAGGAGCUCGACCGAAGGGAACUUAGAAAAUAGGAAUAGUACAUCACUUGUCGAACCACGUCAGGCAACUAAGAUCGCAUAA